AGGAGGGUCCAAGUAAGACAACUACUGUGUUGUCCGAAGCACAUGGUAAUUCAACACAGCAGAUCAAAGGCUGUGAUGUCACUUUAUUGAGAAACAGGUCAGGCAAGCCCAGGUAACUCAGGAAGGCAGGUUGCUAAUUAUUCCCAGAAGAAAGUUAGGUGUACGGUUACAAUGCUGCAGGAGGAAGUCAGGAGGUCAAACUUUCCCAGUAACUGACUCAACUGGGCACUGCUUGGAACUUCCAGAAAGAACCUGGUGUCUCUCUCUAUAUAUUUAGAAAAUGGGAGAGAGUGAAAUGAGCUUCCCAAAUCCUCCCUUGCAAGGUAAAAAAAUGGCCUACCACAAAGUUAGUGCAGAGCAGAGAUCACAAUACCUAGAUAAUGAUGACCUACAAGCCACUUCCCUUGAACUAGAAUGGGACAUGGAGAAAGAAUUGGAGGAGCCUGGCUUUGACCACUUCCGGAUAGAGGAGAAGGUCCAUGAACCUACAGAAGUUACUCAAAAUACUGACAUUGACCUGGAGCCUAUUCAGCCAUCAGCAUCUCCAAAAGGAAGAUUCCAAAGACUUCAGGAAGACCCAGAUUAUGUCUCCCAUUAUUCAAGGCCUUCACCAAAGAGCAAUCGCUGCAGCUUUUGCCGGAUAUUUAAGCCAUUUUGCACUGCUAUAGGAUUAUUUAUUUUUGGAAUUUUGAUAGGCUACUAUGGACGUGCACAGUACCCUCCUUCUCCUACAUUGCCAGAACCAAGUGGCCCUCAUCUCACCCAGGACAUUAUUAAAGAAAUCAAAGCAGAAAACAUUGCACAGAUUUUCAGAGAUUUGAUACAGUUGCAUGGGAAAGAAGACAGAGACCUUGCAAUGAAACUUCUGGUUCAGUGGACAUCCUUUGGCCUUGAAGAUGUCCAUCUUGUAAAUUACUCUGUGCUGCUUGACCUACCAGGCUCUUCUCCAAAUACAGUGUCUCUGAAUAGCACUGGUGAAUGCUUUUAUCCUACGGGACAGCUAUGUAACAAAGAGACCCCAAAGCUUCACAGUCAAGACCUUCUGUAUUCCUACGCUGCUUACUCUGCCAAAGGAACUCUCACGGCUGAGGUCUUGGAUGUACAGUAUGGGACUGCAGAGGAUUUGCUCAGGAUUCAACAUAUUACAAAUGUCUCCAGAAAAAUUGCACUUUUGAAGCUAGGACAUCUGCCUUUGCUGUAUAAGCUUUCUUUACUAGAAGAGGCAGGCUUUGGAGGUGUCCUCCUUUAUGUCGAUCCUUGUGAUUUACCAAAGACUCACAACCUGAGCAAUAAGGCAUUUAUGGUGUCUAUCAACAGUGGAGGUGACCCUUCAACACCUGGAUAUCCAAGUAUUGAUGGAAGCUAUCAACAGAACCGAACAAACCUCACUUCUCUAUUAGUCCAGCCUAUUUCAGUGAUGUUGGCCAGAAAGCUGCUCUCCUCCCCAGAGAAAGACAGUGAAAAUGAAGCUUGCCGGCCUUUGGAAUUGCCUGCUUCAGAAAGAAAAAUCCUGACUCUAACUGUUCAGUCUCUUCCGAUGUAUAAGACAACGUCCAAUGUCAUUGGAUAUAUAAAAGGAGCUGUACUUCCUGAUAGAUAUGUCAUAACUGGCAGCCACCACAGCAGCUUAGCCGGUUACAAUAACCAGCAGUGGGCUCACAGCACCACAGUGAUGACAGCAUUAAUCCAAGCUUUAAUGCUGAAAGUAAAGAAAGGCUGGAGACCUGAACGGACCAUUAUUUUCUGUUCAUGGGGACAAACAGAGUUUGGCAAGAUUGGUUCCUAUGAAUGGGCUGAGGACCUCAAGAAUGUUCUCCAGAGGAAUGCAGUGGCUUAUGUAAGUCUCCAUGAUCCAGUAAGAGGUAAAGCAAUUUUACACUCUGUGGCAUCGCCUUUGCUUCAGCAACUGGCAACUGAGGUUAAAAAGAGACAUAACUUCAGCUGUCUUGAGCAAGAUAAAUGCAUGAAAUCCAACGUCAGUUCUAUACAAAUGCAAGGUGAUUCUGAUUAUUUCAUCAACCAUCUUGGGGUCCCAGCUCUGCAAUUUUCAUACCAGGAUCUGACAGCAUUAGAGACUUCAAGUUCUCUUUCUGAAGUUCUUUUCCCUGUACAGCCAACUGUAUCCACGGAGCUGGAUUCUUCCUUUAGCCUCCAUGAAUCCAUUGCCAAGCUGACAGGAGCAGCAGUCUUGCAAAUUGCCACCAGUCCUGUUUUGCCUUUUAAUGCCCUGGAUAUCGCAUUAGAAGUUCAAAAGAACCUCCAAGCAGGUAGCAGCCUAAAUUUUGACCAGUUGCUGACAGUGGCCUAUACUCUAAGAGAGAGUGCCCAGUUGUUCCAGUCAGAAGAAAUGCGCCCAGCCAAUGACCCAAAGGAAAGAAUGCCCACCCGCGUAAGGAUGCUGAAUGAUGUACUACAGAAUCUUGAGAAAAACUUCAUAGUUCCACAGGUUCCUCCAGGAUUCUAUAGAAACAUCCUUUACAGACUGGAUGAAAGGACGCACCAAUUUUCAAUACUGCUGGAGGCAGUGGAACACUGCAAGCUACAUCAGUCAAAUGAGUCUCUUCAAGCAGCCUUGUCAAAAGUGCUCAACGCCUUCAAUUCAGCUCAGGUUUCUUUCAAAGCAGGACUCAAUGUCUUUGAGACUGCCUUUAGUGAGAAGUAAAUGAGGAAAUUGUCCUGCACACAUACAUACACACCCAUGUACAAUCAAGAACUUUGUUUACAUUUUGCAAAGAAAAACUUUGAGUUGGACCAAAACAAUCUAUAAUGCUGCAACAUUUCUUUUGUUUUCAACUGAUUUUUUUGGGGGGGGGGAAUAGAAGAGUCCUUGUUUCAAGGCACCAUACUGUACAUUUAAAUAUAAAUCAGCCUUUUGUACUGUUGACAGUUUAUCACAUACUUCUAUUUCAGGAUUUGUGUGAGGGAGAAAGGAUUACCAUUUGAUGAAAUCUACUGCAAUCUUUUUUAUAUCUUCCAGCAUUGAGAAUAUGCCCUCAAAAGUUACUAGACUGCCAAAAAAGAAAAAAAGUUACUAGCCUGCAGGGAUCUGAUAGGAGAAAAUGAGCAGCUUAAGAUAUAGCAGGUAGCUCAAUUUCUUAUGUUUUUCUCAAACAUCUAAAAUAUUUUGUUGCCUGGGAUGAAGACCAAGACAAAGCCUACUCCCAGUCUAUGCACAAAAGCCAACUAGCUGAAUCUUUCUUAACCAUGGGUGAUGGGACAUCAUCUUCCAUUACAUCUGAAGGCAGCAUUCUAGCUCAAGGGCCACAAGAAAAGCCCAUGCACACUUGCUACUGCCAUCACCCAUGAUGGGGCAACCUCCUAAUUCUAACUAACUGUAGGGCUAGCCCUGUACACAGCUGAGGUUCAUCCUACCUUUGGCAGCCCACUUGGUUUCUAGACACAAACAUAAGGUGCUUCUCUGCCUGUCUCCUUCCAUUCCCACCUGCAUGAAAGUCCAUGUACAUACCUGCAUGCAGAUUUUUGUCAUUUACACCUACAAGGCAGGUACUUAAAUACAAGGUUGACACAUACAGUAUCUUGAGUUACUUCCAAAUAAUAUUCCUAUGGCACUGGGCUUGCAUGUGCCAGUUGUAAUUUGAAUUUCCUCCCUGAAAUACAGGCCACCAUUCUGUAUUUGAACAAAUUAUCAUCAACUGCUUGUCUAAAUCAAAUACAUUUUGCCAUGUGGCAUUACAAAGUAUUCAACAAUAAAAAUAGUCCAAAACUACCUUGCCCACAUUAGACUAAUGAAUCCAGUUCAUGAUAUCUUACCACGUGUGGAGAGUUCUCUCUAGCUGCCACAGUACAUUAGAAUAUGAAUAUGAAUAAAGUGGAUAAGCCAGCAUGGUGUAAUGGUCUGAGCACUGUAUUAGGGCUCUGGCGUCAGGUCUGAAUCCCUGCUUAGCCCUGGAAACCUACUGGGUGACGUUGGGCAAGUCAGAUUCUUUCAGCAUCAGAGGAAGGCAAAGACAAAUCCCCCCUGAACAAAUCUUUCCAAAAUUCUACCCAUGAUGGGGUCUAUAUAAGUCCUAGGGUCUCCACAAGUCAAAAAUGAAUUGAAGACACACAGCAACAAGAAAAAAAAAUCAGUCCUAAGUAUGUUCUUGUUUCACCAACAAGUCCUUUAUAUUUACAGGAACAUAGUUCGCAUGUGUCCCAUGGACAGCCAAGAUUAGUCAGAAUUAGAAAAUGGUGGUGCUUUCAUUGUUGCCAUGUGAGGAAAAUACACUCAGGUACCAUAGCAGCUAUGGUCUUUUCGUAGUACAGGUAUGCACCAGCAAAUGAAGUACAUGUAAGCUUUACUUCUUUAACAGAAACUAGAGGCAGAAUUAAUAUGAAAAGAACAGGGAUAGGUUCAUACACCACAAAAAGAAGAGCAGUUCAAUGUAUUUCAGCAAAUCUUUUAUUCAAAACUAACAUUAUGCCCGUGUGAAAUGAAACAACCAGGUCAGGU